AUGGCCGCAAUACGUGCUCCCUCAUCAGCCUUCCUCUCAGCAUUCUUGCCUGUAGCACGCGCCUCGCUAUUCCCACAUACUCCCACGCCGAUCCUUCGAGGCAUACCACUAUUACAACAAUUACGAACGAGCUUUAUUCCCGCUGCUCUAGCACCUAUACCAGUACUUCUCGGCGACCUCUGGGAUGGCUUACUCAACGCUGUACCGAAGAAGAAGACGUCACAUAUGAAGAAACGACACAGAUUCAUGGCAGGCAAGGCAUUGAAGGAUGUAACGGCAUUGAACAAAUGCAGUGCUUGUGGACGGGCGAAGAGGGCACAUGUGUUGUGCCCGUAUUGCGUGCAGAGUAUCAAGCGAUGGUUUAGCAACGGCUUCAAGGGCAAGGACGAGCUUGAUGCUGAGAGGGAUCAGAGGAAUCAGCAGAUCAAUGAGGAGAGGAGGAUACGAGGGCAGAAGCCAAUUGAUUGGGCAGUGGACGAGGAAGAUUCGGCAAGGGCGCGAAGUAAGAGGGAUGGGCAGUCGAUGUGA